AUGGCGGUGGUAUUUUUGCUCUGCUUCUUCGUGGCAGACGCUUUCCCUGGGCCUUCUCCUCUGCCAGGACCUUGGGCCAACCCCUUUCCUUUGCCAGGUCCAGUGGCUUUCCCUAAUCCUCUCCCUGGGCCCUUACCCCUGCCAAGCCCCCUACCAAGUCCAGUGGCUUUCCCUAAUCCUCUCCCUGGGCCCUUACCCUUGCCUAAUCCUCAUCCUGGACCUUCACCCCUGCCAAGCCCCCUGCCAGGUCCUUUAGCUUUCCCUAACCCUCACCCUGGGCCCUUACCCUUGCCUAAUGCUUACCCUGGACCUUCACCUUCCCAAACCCCCUACCAGGUCCAGUGGCUUUCCCUAAUCCUCACCCUAGGCCUGUAUCCCUGCCAAGCCCCCUGCCAGGCCCUGAACCUUACCCCGGCCCCGUUCCACUCCCUGACCUCCGACCUUACACCCCAGAUCAGUUCCAAAACACCGGUCCUUAUUCUCCUGACACUCUCCCUGAUACCAAACCUUACUUCCCUGACUUGUACCCUGAUACCAAACCCUAUUUCCCUAAUCCUGAUACCCGACUUAACUUCCCUGGAUCGUAUCCUGAUACCAAACCUUAUUCUCCUAAUCCUGAUACCCGAUUUAACUUCCCUAACUCGUUCCCUGAUACCUUAGCUUAUUCCCCUGACCCUAACACUCAGUCUUUCCCUCAGAAGGACUUCGACACCCGACCUUACCCUCAAAAUGACCUUGAUUCCCGCCCUUUCCCUCAGAAUAACUUCGAAACUCGACCUUAUCUUGAGAAUGACCUUGAUUUCCGACCAUACCUUGAAAAUGACCUUGAUUUCCGACCUUAUCCUCAGAAUAACUUCGACACCCGCCCUUACAUUCAAAAUGACCUUGACCCUAUGCCCUAUGAUGACCCCUUCCCCCUUAAUGCUCCUUUUAAAGACAUAACCGACAAGCACCCGAAACUUAGGUCCUUCUCGCCCUCAAACACCGCCAAGGAUCUGCAACACUCGAGUUAUUCCUUCACUCCCGAGGUCCCCCUUCACUCGAACCACCUUCCCGCCUCGUCCCCCCUCGACUUUGGGCCUCAGGAUGGUCGCCAGUUCGAAGACGAGGUGUUCCAUAACGAAGGAAAAUUCGGUUAUUUGCAGCCUCGUCUGAAUCGGGUCUUCAGUCGAAAUGUUUAUAACACGCCUGUCCAUACUCCGUUAAA